GCCGCCCGCGCUCCGGCCCGUUGCCUGCCCGGGGCCCGGCAAGCCGCGCUCGGGCCGUGCGCUGGGUGCCCGCUGCCCUGCGCCGCGGAGCCCGGGCGAGGCGGCUCCCCUCGGCGCGACGGCUUAGCGAAACCCUUCCCGGGGGCAGCGGCAGCAGAGAGGGGAUGUUUCCGGAGGGGAAGGGGGUCCCUCGUGCCGCUCGGCGGGAGCCGGCGCGGUGCGACGACGGGAGCGGCGAGGCGGGAUGCGCGGGUCCCGCAGCCUGGCGGGAGCUCCGGGGCUCCGCCGGCCCUCGGCAGCGCGCAGGGAGAAGGUCUGGGAGCUGCGGCGGGGCGAUAGCCAGGCAGCGGCCGAGAGCCCCGCUACACUGAAAGCAGGAGCCGAGGAGCGCAGCCGAGGAGCGUGCCAGCCCGCGUGGGCUCCCGCUCCUGGGAAGGGCCGGGGAGCGGCGUCCCCGCACGGCUGCGGCACUGCGGAGGAAGGAGCUGUGCCGUUGCGGAAAGGAGCCGCUGGCGCACCGACGUCGGUCGGCCCCGCGAGCCAGGCGACGUGCCCCGGGCCGGGAGAAGAGCCGAGGAGCCCGGGCGCCCGCAUUGGAGAAGGGGCCGGGCGGGUGCCUCUCGCGGCGUUUGUCUUUGCAGAUCCCAAAGGCGAGCGGCUGCCGGCGCUGCUGGAAGAGUUUUAGGAGGGAGAUGAUGACAGGCUGAUGAAAACCAAUCAAACAAUGAAGUAAUCAUAAAUCCCCGGUGCCAGCGGCAAGGCUCGGAGAACGCGGGAGGAGCUGGAGGAUGAAGUAGCGGAGCACAACCAUGAGUGCGGGUUCGAUUGAGCAGGAGCCGUCGCGCAAGCUGGCCUGCUGCGGGGUGCCCCUCAUCACCGAAGACAUGCAGUCGCUGGCCAUCCGCACCCUCUCGGGCACCGACAUCAACAAGCACUACGACCUCAUCCGCGAGCUCGGCAAGGGCACCUACGGCAAGGUGGACCUGGUGUCCCACAAAAGCACAGGCACUAAGAUGGCCCUGAAAUUUGUGAACAAGAGCAAGACAAAGCUGAAGAACUUCCUACGUGAGUUCAGCAUCACCAACACGCUCUCCUCCAGCCCCUUCAUCAUCAAGGUCUUUGACGUGGUCUUCGAGACAGAGGACUGCUACGUCUUUGCUCAGGAGUACGCCCCUGGUGGGGACCUCUUCGACAUCAUCCCGCCACAGGUGGGGCUCCCUGAGGACAUGGUGAAACGGUGCGUGCAGCAGCUGGGCCUGGCCCUGGACUACAUGCACACCAAGAACCUGGUGCACCGCGACAUCAAGCCGGAGAACGUGCUGCUCUUCGACCGCGACUGCCGCCGCGUCAAACUGGCCGACUUCGGCAUGACCCGCAAGGUGGGCUGCCGGGUCAAGCGCAUCAGCGGCACCAUCCCCUACACGGCGCCCGAGGUGUGCCAGGCUGGCCGGGCCGAGGGCUUCACCGUGGACACCAGCAUCGACGUGUGGGCUUUCGGGGUGCUCAUCUUCUGCGUCCUCACCGGCAACUUCCCCUGGGAGGCAGCCUCGGCCUCGGACACCUUCUUCGAGGAGUUUGUGCGGUGGCAGAAGGGGCGCUUGGCGGGUCUGCCCUCGCAGUGGCGCCGCUUCACGGACAACGCCCUGCGCAUGUUCCAGCGCCUGCUCGCCCUGGACCCCGAGAAGCGCUGCCCCAUCAAAGAGGUCUUCUACUUCAUCAAGUACGACCUGAUGUCCGAGGUGCGCCGUCGGCCCUCCUACCGCUCCCGCAAGCACGCCGGAGACAAGCUCGCCAGCGGCCCCCACCGCCACGAGACGCCCAGCUCCUGCACCCCCACGCCGCUCAAGAGGACCAUCCUGACCGAAGGGAGCGGCCCCCGGCUCGCCGGCUCCGAGCCGGGCGCCUCCUCCCCGGGGACGACGAGCAGGACAGACGGACGUCAGGACAAAGGCAAAGGGCAGAUGGUCCUGGCCACAGCAAUAGAGAUCUGUGUCUGACGGCGACGGGGGCUGCCUCGCGGCGCGGCGCGCCUCCGCUCCGGGCAGCCCGCGGGUACCAUGUCAGCCUGUCCCUGCGCCCUGCCCUGCAGGGAGAGGGCUAGCCCGGGGUUUUAGUUUUGGUUGCGGUAGGAAAAGGGACUGGGAUUCGUGUCUCCCAAAGCAAAAAAGAAGAAAACAAAACAAAACAAAAAAAAAAACAAAAGAAAAAAAGGAAAAAAAAAGAAGAAAAAAAACCCCAAACUGGUUGCGCUCGACAGCACUGAGGAUGCUGAUCUCUCCAGGCACCGUGGCGGAGGCCAGGCCUCGGGCAGCGAAGGCGGCGCUGCGAGCCCGGCCGCGGGCCACGGGGCGCCCGCC